AUGAUACCUUGGAGUAGAUUCCUGCUUCAUAUACUGCUGUUUUUAUUACAAGGAUAUACUUGUGCACCAUCCCUCUUGACGGGAACAUCAAAAAACGGGUUUAAUGAAAAUCGACAGAAAAGAGCUCUUUUAGCAACACAGUUUGAAGCAACUUCUCCAAGAUAUUUCUUUCAUGAAGCUAUCAGUUGGAGUGAAAACAAAAUAAAAGGUUCUUGUCCUCAUGAAUGCCUUAACGGGGCUUUCUGCUCUAAGACUGGUACAUGUGACUGUCAAAUAUUUCAGGCCCUUGGGACAAGGUGCCAGAUUGUGCCAAAUAUGGGCAAUGCUAGAGAUGGGAUUUGCAAAACCUGGGGCCAGUACCACUUUGAAACUUUUGAUGGCAUCUACUAUUACUUCCCAGGCAACUGUUCUUACAUUCUUGCAAAGGAUUGUGAUAAUUUGGAGCCCCGGUACACUGUAUGGGUUCACAAUAGCCCCAGGUGCCGUGGUUCAGUGUAUUAUUGUUAUCGGUCAAUCAGCUUGUUCUUUUCAGACCAAGAGGAAAUUCGAAUUUAUGGUCAUGAAAUAAAAAAGGAUGGGAUCAGUGUAACAUUGCCUCAGACAAUUGGACAGGUUUUUAUUGAGAAACUAGCUGACUACAUUCUGGUGAAAACAACCUUUGGCUUUUCAUUGGCAUGGGAUGGGAUAUCUGGAAUUUAUCUCAAGCUGUCUGCGGAACAUAAAGGAAAAUCUUGUGGACUAUGUGGAAACUAUAAUGCCAUUCAGUCUGAUGAUUUCAUCAUUCAACAAGAGGACCUCACAGAAGACAUUGCAAUGUUUGCAAAUAGUUGGUUGGUGCAAACUCCAGAUGACAUCAAAUGUGUACCAACACCCUCAGAUUUUCCAAAUCCAUGUUCCAGUGGAAUGCCAGCAUUUGAGGCAAUCUUCUUCAAGUGUCAGAUACUGUUGCAGUUUCCUUUUUUGAGUUGCCAUGAAUAUAUAGAUCCGUACUUAUAUAUUGCCAGCUGUGUUAAUGAUCUUUGCAAAACUGACGAUGAUGACACCUAUUGUCGAGCAGCCACUGAGUAUGCUAGAGCCUGUUCCCAUGCUGGGUACCCCAUUCAAGACUGGAGAGAUGACUUUCCAGCAUGCACGGAUAAAUGUGAUGAUAGCUUUGUCCAUCGGGAUUGUAUAAGUUGUUGCCCACCAACUUGCACUUUUGAGAAACAAUGUCUUGGGAGCAAUCUACAUUGUCUUGAUGGAUGUUACUGCCCAGACGGCCUCAUAAUGGAAAAUGGGACUUGCAUCUCCUUGGAAAAUUGCCCAUGCAAUUUUCAUGGAUUAGCUUAUGCAGUUGGUUCAAAAAUUGAGCAAGAAUGUACUGAAUGUGUGUGUGUUGGUGGUGCUUGGAACUGUACUGAGCAUGACUGUCCAGUUCAAUGCUCUGUUGUUGGUGAUUCUCAUUUUACCACUUUUGAUGGUCGACAUUAUUCUUUCAUUGGAAUGUGCCAGUACAUUCUUGUGAAAGGAACUGGAAAAGAUAAAUUCACAAUUACUUUACAGAAAGCUCCCUGUGAGCAGAACCUUGGCUUGGUCUGUCUUCAGUCCAUAACUCUAAUUUUGGAAGAUGAUUUUAACAAACAAGUGACCCUGAGCAGGGGAGGACAGAUCCUCACCAGCCCUAACCAUGGCUUCAAUCUGCAUGGACUUGUUGAAAUACAAACUCUGUCAUCCUUAUUUAUUCUUCUAAAAACCACAUUUGGCUUAAAGAUUCUGUUUGCUAUAGAUGGGGAAAGAAUUUAUAUUCAGCUGACUAGUGCAUGGAAAAGAAGAACAUUAGGUCUGUGUGGCACUUUUAAUGGGAACAUAAGAGAUGAUUUUCUUUCCCCAUCAGGCAUGAUAGAGGGUACCCCACAGCUUCACGCAAAUGCAUGGAGAGUUUCCUCCACUUGUUUUGCACCUGUUCAUGUUCCUAUGGUGGAUCCCUGUAACAUUAAUCAGCAAAACAUUGGAUAUGCAGCACACUGCGAUGCCAUCCACCAGGAGCUCUUUGCUCCUUGCCACUUCUACGUCAGCCCUGGGCUGUAUUACCAGCUGUGCCGCCAUGAUGCCUGCAAGUGUGGCAGCCCCUGCCUGUGCAAUGCUCUCGCCCACUAUGCCUACCUCUGUGGCCAGCGUGGUGUCCCCAUUGAUUUCAGAGCUCAGAUUUCAUUCUGUGGGGUGGUGUGCCAGAAGGGCAUGCUUUACCACCACUGCUCCUCGUUUUGCCUUCGCUCCUGUGCGUCUCUCUCUUCCCCGGAGCAGUGUAACGAUGACUGUGCUGAAGGCUGCAACUGUCCCGAAGGCAAAUACUAUGAAGACACACUUAACUUCUGUGUGCCCAUAUUUCACUGCCGGUGUCAUUAUAGGGGCAGUGUUUAUCAACCUGGAGAGCUCAUCCCAACACCCUCAGGCUUAUGCCAAUGUACAAAUGGAACUGUGACAUGUGAUGAAUCAGCAACGCCCUCUACUGUUCCUGCCUGUCCUGAGGGAAAACAGUAUUUCGACUGCAGGUUUCCUGACCCUGAAUUACCAGCUGGGGGUAUAAAUUGUGAGACAACAUGUGCAAACCUGGCCAUGAACUUCACUUGUGCCCCGUCCUCACCCUGUAUCAGUGGCUGUGUUUGUGGUCCAGGACUGGCAGAACACAAAGGAAAAUGUUAUGUUCCUGAAAGCUGUCCGUGUAUCUGGAAAGAUUGGGAGUAUCUCUCAGGAGAAGUGAUUGCUACACCAUGCUAUACCUGUGUUUGCCGGCGAGGAAUGUUCAAUUGCACGUAUUAUCCAUGCCCGGCCAUGUGCACCAUCUAUGGAGACCGGCACUACCAUUCUUUUGAUGGGUUGGAAUAUGACUAUAUCGGUGACUGCCAAGUCUUUUUGAUAAAGAGUGCUGAUGAUACAGAUAUAUCUGUUAUUGCCCAGAAUAAGAAGUGCUUCGACAAUGAUAUUGUUUGUUCUAAAAGUGUUUUGAUUUCAGUUGGGGACACUGAAAUUUACCUGAAUGAUGCGCCUUACAAAGAGAAACGAUUGGGUUUUUUUCUGGAAAGUAAACCUAUAUACCAGCUUUGGAAGGCAGGGUAUUACAUAGUCAUAUACCUUCCGGAGAAAGAUAUCACUAUUCUUUGGGAUAAAAAGACGACCAUUCACAUCAAAGUUGGACCACAGUGGAAAAACAAACUAUCAGGAUUAUGUGGAAACUUUGACAAAUGUACUUCCAAUGAUAUGACAACUUCUAAUAACAUAGAAGUGAGAAAUGCCCAGGUAUUUGGAGAUAGCUGGGCAUUAGGACAGUGUGAAAACCCAAAUGGAUCAUUUAAACCCUGUGAGGCACACCAAAACAAAUUUCCUUAUGCCAAGAAAGAAUGUUCCAUUUUGUACAGCGAUGUUUUUGCUCCUUGUCGUAAUGUGAUUGAUGUCACUUCCUUUGCCAAAAAUUGUCAUGAAGACACGUGCAACUGUAAUCUUGGUGGGGAUUGUGAAUGUUUGUGCACGAGCGUAGCUGCCUACGCAUACAAGUGUUGUCAGGAAGGGGUGUCAGUUCACUGGCGAUCAUCCGGGCUUUGCUCACUUGAUUGUGAUUACUACAAUGAAGGGCUUGGAGAAGGACCAUAUAUGCUGGCAAAUUAUGGACAGAGUGGCCUAGUUCUGGGGGCCAACGUGACCAGUAGAAGCAUUUUCUCUUUACCAAGCAGUGGUAUUCAUGGCAAUUUAUUUUUUAAUUUUAUGAUCACUCCAGGCCUUUUUAAAGAGAAGACAUCAUCCUUGACACUUAUUUCCAUGGAAUCUGCUGAAAGGCCAAACUACUUUCUCUAUGUCCAUGAUGAUGACACUCUUAGUUUGGAACUGUGGGAGGCAAAUUCAGCCUUUCGUCGGAGAGCCACAUUUUUCCACCACCAAGGCCUCUGGAUUCCUGGUUACAGUGCUUUUGAAUUAUACAGCAAGAAAGGCUUUUUCAUCAUAUUCACAGACUCUAGUGUCAAAGCAUCAAAGUAUGAUGAUUCUGAAGAAUUUAAGCAUGCAAGUAGCUUCAGCAUAGAAGAAAUUCAAGCAGCAGUUCCGUACAGGAGGAUGUGUGAAUGGAGAUAUGAACCUUGUGCCACUCCCUGCUUCAAAACCUGUAGUGACCCUGAAGCACUAGCAUGUAAAUUUCUUCCACCGGUUGAAGGAUGCUUGCCCUAUUGUCCUAAAAAUAUGAUCCUGGAUGAGGUCACCCUCAAAUGUGUUUAUCCGGGAGACUGCGUGCCUCUGCUUCCCACAGAACCUGCAUUAAUUCCACCAGCUCCAGAAGUGAUUAUUACACCAUCAGAGGUCACUGUAUUUGACAUGCUAACUCCAACCCCGACAACAGGUUUGGAAUGUGAGCCUCCACAGUUUGAUCCUGUUUACAAUUGUAGUCAAUACAUAUGCCUUAACAUGGAAUGGACAUUAUUCAACUGGUCUCUUAAUUGCCCAAGGGAUUUGGAAAUGCCUGACUGUGGUUUCCGUGGAAGGCCUGUUCAGGUGAACAGUGAUAUCUGUUGCCCUGAAUGGGAAUGUCCUUGCCGGUGUUCCAUGUUGUCCGAGCUGAGCAUCAUUACGUUUGAUGGCAACAAUGCAGCAUUAUAUAGUAUGGCUUCUUAUAUCUUAGUAAGAAUUCCUGGGGAAGUUAUAGUGGCUCAUAUUGAAAGAUGUUUAAUGAAUCAGAAUGGAAACCCAUUUAAGAAGCUAGCUUCUCCUGGACGAAUCUCUGGACUUUGUUUUAAGAAGUUAAAUUUGACAACAUCUAUACAUAAAAUAAUUGUCAAUCGCUUAGCAAGAAAGGUGGAAGUAGAUUCUGUCGUUGUACCUUUACCCUUUUCAAAUCAAGACCUGUUUAUUGAGGAUUCUGGUACGAUGUACGUAAUUACCACGCCAGCUGGACUAAUCAUAAAGUGGGCUCAUCUUACAGGAAUCAUAGACAUUCAUUUUGGCUCUCAAUUUAAUUUGUCAUCUUACACAGAAGGACUUUGUGGAAUUUGUAAUGAAGACCCAGAUGAUGACCUAAGGAUGCAGAAUGGCACAAUAAUCACAAAUAUGGAAGACAUAGAAUUAUUUAUUGAGAGCUGGGAAAUUGAGAAAUCAUUUGAAGUAUCAACGAGAAGACCUGUCAGGAAUUGCACUGAGCAUGAUUGUGCUCCCUGCAUUGAGUUAUUAAAUCGAAGUGUUUUCAUCCCAUGCCAUAAUAAAGUUUCCCCACAGGACUUUUGUGAAAAAAUGUGGAUCAAUUAUACCUAUUUCUGGAACUAUGAAUGUGACGCUCUUUCUGCGUACGUGGCUCUGUGCAGCGAAUUUGACAUCUGUGUUCAGUGGAGAACCUCUGAUUACUGCUCUCUGAGUUGCCCAGAAGGAAAAGAAUAUCAACCCUGUGUGCGAUCUUGUGAAGCAAGAACAUGCCUGAACAAGUGGGUUUAUGGGCACACUCCAUGCCUGAACUUAAGAGAAGACUGUGUGUGCAAAAAUGGAAGCAUUCUUCACAGGCCAGAUUCAACUCAGUGCAUUCCAGAGGAAGAAUGUGCAUGCACUGAUAGUGAAGGCCAACCUCGCACUGCUGGGGAGGUUUGGAAUGGGGGUAUUGACGAAUGUGCCCUAUACCAAUGUUUGGAGAAUGGAAGCAUUAUUCCUAUAGAACCUGAAUGUGAUGACGAGCCUUCCCCAGUUUGUGAACGAGAAGCUGAAGUUGUUCUGGGCGUCACUGAUAAGCAGACCUGCUGUUCAAAGAAAAUCUGUGGAUGUGACAUGAGCUUGUGUGAAAGCACUGUUCCAACAUGCACAGAUAGUCAAAAAUUGGUCAUUGGUCACAGUCCUCUUUCUUGCUGUCCACAGUACCAAUGUGAAUGUGACCCACUCAGAUGCCCCAGUAUUUCAAUACCAGAGUGCAGAGAAGAUCAAUUUAUGCUUCAAGUUCAACAGGAAGAGCCCUGUUGUUUUUCUCCUCUCUGUGUAUGUGAACCUUGCACUGAACCUAUUCCACUCUGUACUGAUGGCGAACUUCUUACUGUGGAUCUUAACACCACACACUUAUGUUGUCCUCACUAUUACUGUGUUUGUGAGCCAAACCUUUGUUCUCAGCCACUACUCAGCUGUGCAGAAGAUAUGACUCUUUUGAAAGAAAAUGUAUCUGGUCAAUGUUGUCCAACUUGGCAUUGUGAAUGUAGCUGUGAGAACCUUGUUAUGCCAACAUGUGAAGUGGGAGAAUUUGCUGCAAUAGACCACAACUUUCAGAGUGGCUGUGGAUGUAUAAAGUAUCUUUGUGAGAAGGACAAUGUGUGUGUAUUUCAAGAUGUAUCAGUAUUGAAUCCUGGCCAAUCCAUGAUUAAGUAUUUGGAAGGGGGCUAUUGUCAUUCAGUGGAGUGUCUGGAAGAAAAAAAUAACUAUACAGGCUUUCACAUGCUGAAUUUUACAAUGAUAAAUUGCUCAAAGGAGUGUGAUAUUCAUCAGGUGUAUACUCCGUCUGCCAGUGAUUAUAAUUGCUGCGGUAACUGCAAAAAUGUAUCCUGCAAGUUUCAGAUGGGAAAUGGAUCAUCAGUUAUACACGAGGAGGGGAGUACUUGGCAUUAUAAUUGCACCACAUACGAAUGUGUUAAGACUUCUGAAGGAACAAUGAUUCUGAACUAUAGUAUGGUCUGUCCCCCUUUUAAUGAGACUGAAUGCAAAAUGAAUGAAGGGAUUGUGAAAUUUUAUAAUGAAGGUUGUUGCAAGAUCUGUAAACGAGAAGAAAGAAUAUGCCAGAAAGUGAUCAUUAAAUCAAUCAUAAGGAAACAAGACUGUCUAAGUCAAAGCUCUAUAAAUGUUGCAUCCUGUGAUGGAAAAUGCCCAUCAGCCACCAUAUAUAAUAUCAAUAUUGAGAGCCAUCUAAGAUUCUGCAAAUGCUGUCGUGAAAAUGGAGUGCAAAACUUGACUGUGCCACUGUAUUGCUCAGGAAAUGGAACUGAAAUCAUGCACACUCUCCAGGAACCUAUAGAUUGUACAUGCCAGUGGAAUUAAGCUUUCAUAUUUGAAAAACAUGGUGCAGCAUCAUGUUGUCAAAUGGAUUGAGAUUUUAUCACUACUAUUUAGGCACUGUGCAAGUGUGUACCAUUUAAUAGUACUCUAUAUUUCAGAUGAUUAAUAUAUAGCAAUUUGGUACUUGGUAUAAAGUAUAUACAAUAUCCAUUAGAAAAUAGAUUUGUUGAUCUGCCCUAUUUUAGAGGAUCAAAUUAUUUUAAGUCAUUUAGGUAUUUUUGGUGUAUAAAAUUGCAACAUGCUGUAGACCUGGGAUAUUUUUGUUAAAUAGAAGGUUAUUUUUCUGAAUGCCUUCCAUUUAAGUAGAGCUAUUUUUUGAUUUGAAAGUCUUUUUUUAUAUCUACUGUUUAGUCUGGUAAAUAGCAUCAGUUAAAAUUGACAUCUGGAUAGUCAUAAAGCGUGGCAUCAUAGAGAUACAUCAUAGAACUGUGGGAAUUAAGAUUAUUUAAAGCCUGAAUGGAAGUUAGGAAUGUUAACUGCAAAUUACCCUCAGUUUGUAGAUAUAUCAUAUAACCAGAGAAACUAUUUGACUUGUACAAAUUUAUUUGAUGUAACAAUAUAAUGAAUUCAUGUAAACAUGUUAAGUCCAGAUCUGUAUGGACUAGUUCUUUUAUAUGGUCUUUUCCUUUGAACAGGACAGUAAAGUAUCUAUCAUAGAAUAUUUUACUCUUAAAGAAUUUCCUUGCAUAGAAUUUAGAAUUUUAAAUGGAGUGCAUUUUUAAAUAAGAUAAAAUACCACACAUACUUAUGUAUAUACAGGUGUAUAAUGGUAGUAUGAUGAUAACUACUAAG